UUUACUUGUGUUGUACAUUACUGCUAUAAAGUUCUCUUAUUUCUCGUGAUUUAAUUUUAUAGAGACAGAACUUUAAUAUUAAAGGAUGAAUUUAAGUAUUUCAUGAAAUUAAAAGCAUUUUUCUUCAUCAUAUUAAACGAAAUGGCUGAAGUGAUAGAUUCUCAAUUACUAGCCGAAAACGUUGGGUUCCUCGAAAAUUGUUUCGACAAUUCGUUUUCGCUACAAACAUCAUUACAUAUCGUAAAGGAAUACGCUGCUGAAGAGGCUUACAAGGUAAACCAUACGAAAGGCUUUUCGCAGAAUAAAAGUAGGAAUAACUUAUUGCAAAAUAAAACCAUCUCCUUAGACGCCAGUGCAAUAAUUCUAGCUAAAACUCGAAAUACUCAGGUCAUUAAUAAAAACUUAAAAGCAUGGGGCUUACCACCUGAAAUUUCUGCAAAGUAUAAACAGCGUGGCAUCAAUGAAAUGUUUGAUUGGCAAGUGACCUGCUUAAGCAAUCCGAAAAUUCUAUUAGAUUGUUGCAACUUGGUAUAUUCAGCCCCAACUUCAGCUGGGAAAACUCUUGUUGCUGAAAUUUUAACAAUUAAAACCAUAUUGGAAAGGCAAAAAAAAGUGAUUGUUAUACUGCCUUUUGUCUCUAUUGUGCGAGAGAAAAUGUUUUAUUUGCAAGACAUUUUAUCAACAUCUGGGAUUAGAGUGGAAGGUUUUAUGGGGUCCCAGUCUCCUCCAGGAGGUUUACAGGCUGUUCACUUGGCAAUUUGUACAAUAGAGAAAGCUAAUAGUCUGAUUAACAGGCUCUUGGAUGAAGGGAACAUAUCAGAUAUAGGAGCGGUCAUUGUCGACGAAUUGCAUUUGUUAGGAGAUCGACAUAGGGGAUAUAUUCUGGAGCUUCUUUUGACAAAAAUUAAAUAUGUAUCAUCAAAAAUAGAUGACUGCCAUAUACAAAUUGUUGGCAUGUCUGCAACAUUGCCUAAUUUGGAAAUAUUAGCUAAGUGGCUAAACGCAGAAUUAUUUAUCACAGAUUUCCGACCAAUACCACUUGAUGAAUAUUGUUUAGUUGGUAACAAAUACUUCGAUAAAAAUGGAAAACUUGUUAGUACCAUUGAGAAAGAAUCACUUACUGCAGAAUCAGAUUAUGUUCUACAAAUUUGUUUAGAUACAAUUAAGGAAGGAUGUUCAGUUUUGAUAUUUUGUAUGACCAAAAACAGGUGUGAAAAUUUAGCUCAAAGUAUAUCAUCUUCAUUUUAUAAACUUGGCUGUUCAGGAAGUGAUAUUGGGUUGAUUUUAAGAAGUCAGCUGAAAUCCGAAAGCAUUUUCGAAGUUCUUGAACAGCUAAAGAACUGUCCAGUUGGUUUGGAUCAAAUUUUAAAAACAACAAUAUCAUUUGGUGUUGCAUUUCAUCAUGCUGGUUUAACAUUUGAUGAGAGAGAUAUCAUAGAAGGGGGUUUCAAAUCAGGAGCAAUCAGGGUUUUAGUAGCUACAUCUACUUUGAGUUCAGGAGUCAAUUUGCCUGCAAGAAAAGUUAUAGUGAGAUCUCCAGUUUUCCAAAGACUACCAAUUAAUAUUUUAACAUAUAAACAAAUGAUUGGGAGGGCAGGGCGAAUGGGUAAGGAUUUAAAGGGAGAAAGCAUAUUAGUUUGCACAGAUACUGAGAAGAAGGUAGGAUUUGACCUCAUGAUGGGAGCAUUAGAUCCUGUUAAAAGUUGUAUUGAGAGUGAAGACAAGUAUAUGAGAGCAGUUCUUGAGAUGAUAGCCAGUAAUGUGGUCUGUACCAAAGAGGAGUUGGACCUCUAUUCAAAAUGCACUUUACUAUAUGUUCAGCAAAAUGUAACAGUAUCACAGAAUUCACUAUUAGAUAGUACUUUAGAUGAAUUGAUAAAUUAUGAGUUAGUAAGAAUUCAGGAUGAUGGGAAUGAAAAUAGAUAUGUAGCCACUCCUUUAGGCAAAGCAUGUUUAUCUUCAUCUAUGGCUCCAAAUGAUGGUCUGUCACUAUUUUGUGAGCUUCAAAAGGCUCGGCAAUGUCUGGUUUUAGAGACAGAUCUUCACCUCAUAUAUUUAGUGACACCAUAUAGUGUUAGCAGUCAGUGGGGUGAAAUAGACUGGCUUCACUUGUUAACUUUAUGGGAGUCAUUAACAAAAGCCAUGAAAAGAGUUGGUGAGUUAGUGGGGGUGCAGGAAAGCUUCAUCAUUAGAUGUUUGAGAGGAGCCAAUAAAUUGACCAAUGUACAGAAUAAGUUGAACAUACAUAAAAGGUUCUAUACAGCACUUGCUUUACAAGAUUUAGUGAAUGAAGUAGCACUGUCUGAAGUAGCAACAAAGUUCCAAUGUGCAAGAGGAUUUCUUCAAAGCCUUCAACAAGCGGCUGCUACAUUUGCUGGAAUGGUAACAGCUUUUUGCCGGCAGCUUGGAUGGAAGAAUAUGGAAAUGUUAAUAUCACAGUUUCAAGAUCGAUUGCAUUUUGGUAUCCAUUCAGAAUUAUUAGAACUAAUGAAAUUGCCGUCUUUAAAUGGAAUCAGAGCUCGUACACUAUUUGAUGCUGGUUUCGAAACAGUGUCGAGUAUUGCUUCAGCUGAUGUCAACAUGAUUGAAAAUACGCUCCAUAAAUCUGUACCAUUUCAAAGUAACAAAGAGAGAGAAGGAGAUGAUAAUGAAGAUAUUAGAAAACGUAAUAAAAUAAAAAGUAUUUGGAUAACUGGUUGUUGUGGUAUGACUACAAGACAAGCUGCAGAAAGCCUCAUAUCAGAAGCUAGGAAAUAUCUAGAGAAUGAAAUUGGCGUAACAGAAAUAAAGUGGAAAGCUUCUGAACAAGUAAAUGAAAUGCAUAGUAUUCAUAAUAAGAAUAGUAUAACAGAUUUAAAACAAGAAAUAAAUAGUACUGUAGUUAACAAAACUUCUAUUAAAAGCUGGAUAAAAAUUGAUAAAGAGCAAGUGGCAUCCACACAUCCUGAUCCCUGUAAAAUUAAAGAAGAACAGUUAGUGGUUAAAAAAGAACAUACUGAAAUUGCUAUUAAUCAAAGAAGUGAUGAUAUAAAUAAUAUAAUUUGUCUAUCGAACAAAUUAGAAGAUAGAAAUGAAUUUUUAUCUAACCGUUUUUCUAGUCCUUUGGUAGAAAAUCAACCGCACAUAUCUCUAAAUAGAAUAAUAGAAGAUGAAAUAAAAAGCAGCCCUACAAUUUUACCUAAAAAUGUCACUGUUCAAGAUGAACUUAUUUGGGAUUCUCUCAAUUUUACUGAUGUUGCUGUUGAAAAUAUUACAAAAAUUAAGUCUGCAUAUAACUCAGCUUCACCGAAUAUGAGUUUUGGUGAUAGUGAAGAGAAAAUAGAAGAAUCUCUUAAUACAAAAUCUACUUCAACAAAUUUAAAAUCUGUAAAUGAUAUAAGUUUGUUUUCUUCUGAUGGUGAUAAUACUCUUUUUGAUGAAAGUUUGCCUAUAGAUCUGAUAUCUAGUAAAUUGCUUAACGGCGAAGAUUCGGCAGCUAAAGUUGUGUUUGAAUCAAAGGAUAAAAAUAAAUCAGAUUAUAAUGUGACUAACUUACAAAGCAAUACCAUAUUAAAAGCUUUUAAAACUACUUUGAUCGAGGUAGAGGAAGAGGAGGACAUAAAACUAGUUUAUGAUGACGAGAAUAAAAUGAGUGAAAAUGAAUUAGAAAUAGCAUUUAACACUUCAGAAGAAGUUAUGAAUACUCAACAGGUGAAAAAAACAUCUAUCAAAAAUAUUUUUAUUAGUCCGCUUAAACGACAAGCUGAAAACGAAAAUAGUGUUUUAUCACAACCUUCAUAUAAAAAGUUGAAAGUGAAUAAUAUAAAAGAACGAUCGCAAAAUUAUAGCAGAUUUGACAUAACGAAUAUCAAAUUAAACAAUGCCAAAUCAAAACAUUUUUUUAUACAACUAAAUGAAUUUAAAUACCAAUGUUAUGUUCUAAAAGAGGAUGAUAUUUACACCAAUUUUGAUAUUUUGAGGAAUGUUACAGAAGCUGGUAUAUAUUUAGACAUCCAACCUGUGACAAUAAGUUCAAACCAAUUAAUUGGGAGUAACAUAUUAAAACUAGAAAAAGGUGAACCCCAAAUGAGAAAUUCUAUUGAAUGUAAAAAGCAUCCCAUUAGAGGAAUAGCUUUGUAUUUUAAAGAUAUCUGUAUCUUACUAGACCUUACUGAUGAUGUUUUAAUUCAAGAAAAACUCUCUGGAUGGUUGCAAAUGAAGUCAUUAAAAUUAAAUGUAAUGAAUUUAAGAUCUAUGAUUCUUGCCUUAAAACACACUUUCGGCAUAAAUAUAAAUUCGCAAUGUGUUGAUAUUUCAUUGGCUGAAUGGUUGCUGAAUAGUGAUGAGAAAAUACCUGAAAUCUUGGAUUUGGUAAAAAAAUAUGUCAGUGUAGAUCUAUCGACGGUUUUUAUAAGUGUUGACGGGAAAUCAAAGAAGUGGAAGCAGUUAGAGUCGUUCGAGAAUGUCUGUGUAAAAGCUUGGUGUCUAUGGAUGGUGGCCGAAAGGCAGCAGGAGUGUUUGUUGAGGCAGUAUGUAGCGGCUCGAGAUACCUUCGAAAUUGAAACACAAACUGCGAGAAUACUCUCAGACUGCGAAUUUCAAGGAAUUUGCGUCGAUAAAGAUCUCGCCGCGCGACUUCUGAUCGACGUCAGAAAUUCACAAGAAACUCUACAAAAGAAGGCCUACAAAAUUUGCGGUUACCAUUUCAACUUCAAUUCAUCGAAGGACGUUGCUAAGGUUCUCGGGAUAUACAAAGGUCGCAAGGUGAGCACCAAGAAGAGUGUGCUGACAUCCCACAACAGUCCUAUGGCCAGCAUUGUGAUAUUUUGGAGGAAACUGAACUCUAUUCUAACAAAGACUUUGUAUCCCCUAACGGAGAAGGCGUGCGUUUAUAGUGCUGGAGACAGAAUAAACCCAUCGUACACGAUGUUCACUUGCACGGGCCGCGUGAGCAUGCACGAGCCGAACUUACAAAAUGUGCCUCGAACAUUCUCCAUGCCUGAAACGUAUCUUACUAUAGAGGAUACAAACUCAAGUGAUCUGGUAGAGUUUAACUGUAGGAAUAUAUUCAAAGCGGCGCGCGGCCAUGUUUUGGUGUCUGCGGAUUAUUGCCAGUUGGAGAUGAGGGUCCUGACGCAUUAUAGCGAAGACCCGGUGCUGAUGAGGAUAAUGAAGUCGGAUGUGGAUGUGUUCAAGUCUAUAGCGGCUUCUUGGAGCAAUCUGCCUGAAGAAGAGGUGGAUGAUGAUCUCCGUCAAAAGGCGAAGCAGCUAUGCUACGGAAUCCUCUACGGUAUGGGUAACCGCACUCUCUCGCAGCACCUCGACGUGACAGAAUUAGAGGCGGCGGUCUUCAUGGACACUUUCUACAAGACGUUCCCCGCCAUAAGGUCCUUCACGCAAGGUCUCAUCGAAGAGUGCAGGAAGAAGGGAUACGUCGAAACGCUCAUGAAACGACGCAGGUUCUUGAAAGAUAUUAGCAGCAAUAUCGGUGCGAAAAAGAGUGCCGCUGAGAGACAAGCAGUAAAUACCACGAUUCAAGGAUCGGCGGCGGACAUCGCGAAAGCGGCAAUGUGUGCCAUAGAUAACAAAACAAACUCACGAACAUAUAAACCUAGACUGAUCCUUCAAAUGCAUGAUGAACUCAUUUAUGAAGUGCCAGAGAGUAGUAAGGAGUGGUUCAUACAAGUUAUAAAAAAUGUAAUGGAAGACACUGUUCGUCUGAAAGUGCCUUUACCUGUCAAAGUAAAGAGUGGGGCCACGUGGGGUUCUUUGGAAGAAGUCAAGUCUUGAUAUCACGUUGGAAUCAUGUAAUUGCUAUUGCAUCCAGUGUAAUUCUGUGAUAUUUUGAACUACCCAUGUGAUAUUUUUUGCAGUUUAGUUUUUAGUUUAAAUAAAUUAAUGUAUUUUUA